GCUGUUGCAAUCAGAGACAAGCAUCCCCUGUGUGAGCAGCGCUAGCUGCUGAUGCUGGUCAGCGUGACUUAGCUAGAUUGGAUUAAAAGUUGGUUGGUGAGAGUGACACUUUUCGCAGCCAUUGAGUGAACUCUCUAUAAACAUCUCAACUUGUUUGUUCGGCCAGUUCAGGCUCUGCUAUUGGCCCUGUGUAUGUUGUUUGAAACUCACCCUGGAGCUCCAGUGAUUGGACGCUACUUGUAAAUCUGAGAAGACACACCCUCCGCGCAGGGAGGUGUAGAAGUGUGUGAUCAAAUUACAUUCUGUAACAGUUUGUUUUGUUUCAUUCGAAGCGUGAUACGAAGAUGAGGAUACCUACCGAAACGUCAUAUGAGAAUUACUCAACGAAUUGUUCGGACCAGGAAACAAAUUCUGUGGUAACCGCGUGAAAAUGUUUUCAGUGGUGGAUAACAUGUGCAUUGUGGAGAAAUGCUUGAGAGAAAAAUGCCAACUUGGAACAAUUCUGAAUCUAUGGGAGUUUUGAGAAAACAAGCAUUUCUAACAUUCAAGGGUACAACUUCUUGACCUAUGCAGGAAAGCGGCACCCGACAAUGGGUCAUAGUACCCUUUACAUGUUGUCUGAAUAUGAAUCACUAGUAAGUGUGAAUGCAAGUGGGAAAUUUGACACCCGAAUGAAAAAGAUCGUGAAUUUUGUUUGAACUAAAAAGACCUUAUUAAGUUUUUUGGUUGUCAAUGAAGUUCCGGUCUUUCACAAGUUAAUAGAAAAAGACAAAGAGAGGCACGGAUACAUGGAUUUCGUGAACACGUGGAUGCCAGACACACCACAAUAAAGUUCAUAUUGUGUGUAAACGUGGAUAUCACACACACUACAAGAAAGUUCAUAUUGUGUGUAAACGAGGAUGCCAGACACACCAUAGUAAAGACCCUUUGUGUGUAAACGUGGAUAUCACACACACUACAAGAAAGUUCAUAUUGUGUGUAAACGAGGAUGCCAGACACACCAUAGUAAAGACCCUUUGUGUGUUAACGUGGAUAUCACACACACACUACAAGAAAGUUCAUAUUGUGUGUAAACGUGGAUGCCAGACACCACAGUAAAGACCUUUUGUGUGUAAACGUGGAUAUCACACACACACACUAUAAGAAAGUUCAUAUUGUGUGUAAACGUGGAUAUCACACACACUACAAGAAAGUACAUAUUGUGUGUAAACGUUGAUAUCACACACACUACAAGAAAGUUCAUAUUGUGUGUAAACGUGGAUGCCAGACACCACAGUAAAGACCUUUUGUGUGUAAACCAGAAGAUCAGACACGGUACAAGAAAGUUCCUAUUGUGUGUAAACGUGGAUAUCACACACACUACAAGAAAGUUCAUAUUGUGUGUAAACGUGGAUGCCAGACACCACAGUAAAGUCCUUAUUGUGUGUAAACCAGGAGAUCAGGCACACUACAAUAUAGUUCAUAUUGUGUGUAAACGUGGAUGCCAGACACCACAGUAAAGUCCUUAUUGUGCGUAAACGUGGAUAUCACACACACUACAAGAAAGUUCAUAUUGUUUGUAAACGUGGAUAUAAGACACAUUGCAGUAAAGUCCAUAUUUUGUGUAAUCGUGGAUGUCGGACACACCACAGUAAAGUCAGUAUUGUGUGUGACCGUGGAUAUCAGACACUCUACAAUGAAUUCGAAGUCCAUAUUGUGUGGAUGACAUAGCCAGAUAUAGCUGACUAUAAUCAAUACUGCACAUAUACAUAGAUGCCAGAUCAUUCACGAUAAUACAUAGGGUGUGUAAACGUGGAAGUCGACAAACUACAUUGUAGUGUGUGAAAACGUGAACGCCUCCCACAACGGAUGAUGCCCCACGCUGUCUGUGACCUGAGAGUUUUUGAAGCAACAAGUAUUCAGUGUCGACAGUUAUCAGUGAUCUUUGUGACAUUUAAACGGAUGAGCUAGUUAUGUUUUAUCGGAGAUAAGGGGUGGAUGUUCAAGCUCAAUCUCUAUCAAAGUUUGCCACGAUAAAGACAUUGCCCAAGGAAUUGAUCGUAUCAUCAAGGUUAUAGGACCUCUUUACACAAUGCCAUAGGGAUUAUACCUCAGUGAACGCAAACAUGUCCUAUGGGUCUGUGGUACGUAAGCAAACUGAACAAGGGAUUUGUGUUAACUGAACAAUGUCUGGAGUCGGUAGCGUGUCAGUUAUGCUCAACAUGAGCAACGCCAGUGACAUCGUUCACAGCAACUUCUCCCUCGACGACUACAUCCUCACCAACCUUGGCUCGAAAAACAUGGGCAGCACAGCCGGCGUCCUACUCACCAUCAUUUACAGCCUCAUCUUCAUCUCUGGCACCAUCGGCAACGUCUGCACGUGCAUCGUCAUCGCCCGUAACUCCUACAUGCAGACGACGACGAACUACUACCUCUUCAGCCUGGCUGUGUCAGACCUCCUGCUGCUGCUGUUUGGCUUACCACCGGAGUUGUACGCCAUAUGGGAGUCGUAUCCAUGGCGAUUUGGGGAGGCCUUCUGUAUUCUACGUCACUCUGUGAUGGAGAUGACGUCAUAUGCGUCGGUUCUGACAAUCACAGCCUUCACCGUGGAGCGUUACGUGGCCAUAUGUCGUCCUCUUCAGGCACACCGCAUGGCGGGUCUGUCCCGGUGUCUCCGGACCAUCAUCUCCAUCUGGGUCGUCUCCAUCCUCGUGGCCCUCCCCUUCUCCAUCCACACCCGCGUGUUUCACGAGCUGCAUCACCCCCUCACCCACGAACCUAUCCCAGAAUCCCUCAUCUGCAACAUCCGGACGGAAUGGCGGGGACGGAUGACGUACAUGUUCCAGAUCUCCACCUUCUUGUUCUUCGUCACCCCCGUCGCCGUCAUCAUCUGCCUUUACAUCCUCAUCGGCAUCGCUCUCAGGAAGUCACAAUUGGGGCGACGACCGUCGGAAGAGUCUAAAUACGGCACUGGCAAACUUCGACCUCCAACCCAGCCCAAACGAGUAGUAAUUCGUAUGUUAGUGGCUGUAACAGUGGCCUUUAUUCUGUGCUGGGCGCCUUUCCACUCACAGAGACUCAUGGUCUUGUACGUCUCCACGUGGACUCCACUGUUGAUGAAAGUGCAGAGUACUCUCUUCUAUAUCUCAGGUGUUCUGUACUUCGUGAGCUGUACCGUUAACCCCAUUCUGUACAACGUCAUCUCACGUCGUUACAGAUGUGCAUUCAAGGAGACAAUCUGCUUCUGUUAUUACAAACGUGGCACUUUCUCUUAUACCAGCAGUGUUCUGAGAGGUAACUCCGAUAAACCACUCAAACAACCAAUGGCAGUUGUUAAAAGGGAUUCUUUCGGCCACCACACUGCAUUCCAAAACCGGAACUCACUGUCACAUCCAGCGGUCAAUGGACACGUUCCCGAAACCAUUAAAACCAAACUGCUUGAUGAUACGUUUGAUAGUAAAGCUGAUCGCUUGUCAAGAAUCAAUGGCGUGAAAGAUGUGAAUACUUUCAAGACCUGUGACGAUCAUGAAAAUGGUUAUAUGACAUCGGAAGGGACAGCUUUUUUGACAAAGGGAUUUUGUGCUCUGCAAAAGUCUUCAUUUAAUGAUGUUUUGAAAGGAAAUGGGUCUGUUAUUUAGUGUUAUCCAAUUGUCUGAUCUUUGCUUAUCUUUCAAGAAAUGUGCUCCCUUCUGAAGGCGCCUAGUGAGAUAUGGAAGCUUUAACAUUCCAGAUAAUGGAUACAAGGAUACAAAACAGUAUGGUUGUGCGUGACCCUUGCUUACAGUGUCCUUCAGAGAAUACCCAGCCUGAGUGACCUUAUCCACCUGACAUAAGAACAUGAAUCCCCGCUGUUAUAUUAAUGUGUGAUAUAAAGUGACCAUGACUGGAAUUGAGAAUUCAUUUUGUCAGAUGUGCAGCCCUUCGAUUACAUGAGGAGAACGUGUUAGCGUGGUACAAUACUAAUUCAUGGGAGACAUCAUUCAGUAACCCAUUUCCUCCUUGUCCAGCUGUUAAAUGUGGACGACGUGCUUGGUAUGGCUCUACGCUUCGUAUUAGCACAUUGUGUAAACAAGUCUGUUCCUUUCUGUUGAAACCAUUCACAUAGGAAUUGACCUAUAUCCGACAUGAAAUCUUUAUAACAGUACACCUGCCUCAUAACGGGGUAUCGACUCCGAGGACAUGGAGCAAAACACCUUUGUAUUAUUAAAAUACACGCAUAUAUCCUUGAAUGAUUCUCAGCUACCCGACCCUUCCCAUUAUUGAAAUUCAAAAUGUGGACAACCUCACCACAUUGAUUCCAUAACGUCUAAACCGCCACUUAAAGUAACCACCCCUAUAACAUAUCCUGGAUUUUCCUGUCUGUCGUGCAAUGCUAUUUUAUUUAAAACUGUUCGAACUCAAUACCGCUUUGAAAAAACAAGCAUUCAUGAUCAUAAGCCAUAGAGGGAAUGUUAUCUUCAUCAAACCGUUAUCGACGCGUGAAGAUCCGCGGUAGAAUAGCCACCUCCAGUCUUCAGCAACCUAUGCUUGCCGUAAAAAGCGACUAUCCUGGUCGUAAACGGGAUCGGGUGGUCAGGCUCGCUGACUUGAUUGAUGCAUGUAAUCGAUCCCAAUUGUUUGCUCAUUGCUCAUGCUAUUAAUCAUUGGAUUGUCUGGUGCAGACUCGAUUAUUUACAGACCGCUGUCAUAUAGCUGAAAUAUUGCUGAGUGCGGCUUUAAACAACAAACCAACCAAUGAAACCGUUAUCUCUACAUCCUGAGAAAAGUCUGCAAAUUGUCACUGUAGAUAUACAGUAAUAUGUUAAGCAUUGAAGCCUCUUAUAUGAACCUUAUAACAAUGACCCCCAUAUGGGUUCCGGAAUGGAAUUGGGCCCAGUAAUGUGUUGGUUAUCAGAGGCGAAUCAGUAGGUCGUGGGGUCGGGCUCGGUGACCUUGUUGAUUGUGUCACAUCGUCCCCCCCCCCCCCCCCCCCAACAGUUUUAUGGACAGUUGCUCAUAAAAUCCAUCACUGGUUGUUUUGUCCAGACUCAAAUAUAUACAGACCGCCAUCAUAUGGUUAAGAGUGUGGAUUUAAACAACAACAACAAAGUGUAACCAUGUGCUGUCUCUGGAUCAUUGUACUUAACCAUCACUGGUUGUUUUGUCCAGACACAAAUAUAUACUCCUUAUACUUGUUAACAUACUUUGUUGAUUUGUGUGAUAAGAUGUACAGUUUAUGCCGAUGUAAAGUAUUGAUUCCACUGAUAUUGUUUCAUUUCUUUCUAUUUCAAUCUAUUUACAUCAUCAACAAUACGCCACUCAAAGUAACACCAAAACAUUUCUUAAUACUUAUUCUUAUCAGUUCUAGUAAUAUUCGCAUAUUGUUAUGCAUUUAGUGAUGAGUAAGUGAGUGAGUACGGUUUUACGCCGCUUUUAGCAAUACUCCAGUGAUGAAAUACUCGUUUUCAUCUGCUUGUCAGCAACAUACCCGUGCGCGUGGUAGAAAUCUUUCGGUCUUGAAAUCAAAAAUACUAUUCAAAACGGCCGUCAACACUGGUCUGUCAUAGUACCCCGCUGGCAUGGACCGUUGCUCAUAACAUCAGACACUGGUUUGUCUGGUCCAGACUCGAUUUUUUAGAAGCAGCCGUCCUAUAGCUGGAAUAUUGCUAACUGCGCUUUAAAAAACAAACAAACCAACAGAAUACCGAUAUACUUUCUGUUCGACGAUGCUCAUGCUUUCACUGGCUAGUUUGCUUUAUUCAGAUUCGAUUACUUACCUACCGCCGUAUAUUAGCUGGAAUAAUGCUGGCCGGGCAUUAUACUACAUUAACUCACUCAGUUAUAAAAGGGAACCAUCGUUACCUGUAUAUAACCGAAGUAGGUGCAUAUUUGGUAUGAAGAAGCGAAAGUUUGUUUCACUUGAUCUUAAUAUUGUCAUGAUUUAUGCUUCAUGUGGGACAUGGAGACUAAAUGGUAGGGAUUAUCUGCAUAAUUGUCCAUUAUGACACGGUGUAAUUGAUAAUUGAUAACACACUCCCCCAAGAAGAUGAUGACAAUAUCUUUUAAUUACGGCGUUGUCUGUGGUUAGACUAGCUAACCAUAUAAUAUUAGCUAAUGUGACCAUUCGUCGGUUCGUAGUCAAUAUAAUUUGUCAAGGUAUCACAGUUGGCUAACACUAUUAAACGGGCAUACUCCGGACCAGUGCGAGCAGUCACACAACUCCGCAUCUUCAACGUGACGACGUUAAACUCCAUUUCGGUGUCUAAAAGGGGUAGUUGAGGACUUUCACAAGUGUAGGCAACUUUGGCCUUACAAACUGCGGAGAAAUGUAUCGAGGAAGGGUCAGGGUACC